UACCUCCCUUUGGUUAUUGCCUCAUUCUAUUGCUUGUGACUCGCUUCAACAGACAUGUCUAAGUUGUCUCCAAAAUCCGUAUUUAUUACAGGUGCCAAUCGAGGUUUGGGGCUGGCGUUUGUGAAGCACUUUCUGGGUCUUGCAGAACCCCCUAGCCACGUGUUCGCUGCCUGCAGACAGCCCGACCAGGCCACGGAGUUGACUCGGUUAGCAGGCGAGAAUGGACGUGUCCGCGUGGUGAAGCUGGAUGUCAGAGAGGACGAAGAAAUCGCUGCGGCUGUGGUGGAGGUGGAGAAAGUUGUUGGUGCCGGCGGUCUCAAUCUGCUGCUGAACAAUGCCGGCGUUAACCAACAGGAACAAGGCCUCGAGUCACUGACACGGGAGAAGAUGAAUUAUCACUUUGACUGUAAUGUUACUGCUCCACUGUUGCUUUCUAAAGCGUUUCUCCCCUUACUGAGACGGGCCGCAAACAAGACAGAUUUCAGCUGGAGCAGAGCGGCCAUCAUCAACUUCUCUUCCGUCUUGAGCCUUAUCAAAUUCGUCAACAGAAUGAACGACUUCUGCUACCCAUACAACAGCUCGAAAUGUGCCCUCAACAUGGUGACAGAUAUUCUCGCCAGAGAGGUUUCUCCCGACGGGGUGCUUGUGGCAGGGCUCCAUCCCGGGUGGGUCAAGACCGACAUGGGAGGCCCCAGCGCAAUGCUAGAUACAGAAGAAAGUAUUUCCAAGUGUAUGAAUACAAUAGCAGCGAUGAACAAAGAUUCGUCAGGAUUGCUGUAUUCAUACGCAGGGACUGUUUUCCAGUGGAACGCCGAAUAGUAAUUAAUUACGGCUUAUGUGAUGAGCUCAUAUAGUAGUUGUUGAUUGUUUAUUUCAGUCUCAUCUUGUACAUACAGAUAUGUAUACAUAAAUUUAUAGAGCAGUGCAUGCACUAGCCGCCAGAAGGCUAUAAGCAGUGUAUGAAAUAAGCCAAAAACCCAGCCAGACAUCUGGGCUGGUAACUUCAAAAACUCAUCAGCCCAGAAGAGAUUUAACCAGUCCUUCUUAAAUACUAAGUAGACAGUGCCAGUAGACACGUUAUCUGAAUAUUAUUUUUCACCCGUCCAUCGGGCUGGCUAGCUGUAAAAUUUGACCGUCCGGAAGAAAUCUAGCUCGUCUCGGGCGGUCGAACGGGCCUUAUUUCAUACACUGCUAUAAGAGAAUUAAAGAUCAUUAAAAUACGUAAGAUGGAUACAAUAAUUAAAGUAAAUUACAUAAAAUCAUACAUUUGAAAUACAAAACAUGACACGCACACACGCAGACACACGCGCGCGCACGCACACACACAUGCACACAUAGUAUCAGUGCCGGUAAAACAACACACAUAUACACGUGCACAGGUAUUAUGGAUCUGCCUUCGUUUUCACAUUCACCACUCAUACUUACACAUACAAAUACAUACACCCACAACGACAGUCAUAACAACACAUACAGAAGCACGCGUCCACAUCCACAUUCGUACUAUCAUGAACAAAAAUACAUACAUCCACAACCCAUUCAAACCCACAUAUACAAAUACAUAGACUUACAGCCACACUCAUACCAAUACAUACAAGUACACACACACACAUCCAUGUCCGCAGUCAUAUCCACUUAUACAUAUACACACCCUUAUAACCAAACCGCACACGCUAGGAUUUGUUGUAUUUCAGUGCACUGCAUCACAUUUAUUAGCUUUUGGGUAGAGUUGAAGUUUAUGAAGUUGUCAGUUAGGAGAUCACUGUUAUAAAGUUCAUAUCUAAUAUCGGAACUCUGUCCUUUUUAAACUAUUUGUAAGUUCUUAAUUUAUUUCCGUGAUGAAGAUUUCUGUCGUUCAAAAAAGUCACUGAACCACUUUUCAUCGUCAACAACAUUACAUCUAUGUUAUACAUAGCGCAUAAAACAGUUUGUAGAUAAAGAGUUCGUAACAUCCGCUGUUUAUAGACAUUUUGGCUGCAAGGGCGGUAACUUUAUGGACCCAAGAUUUUCUUUUCCGACGUGACCAACUGAAAGCUGAUCUUGAUAGAGUUCGACUCCUGUCCUCAAAUGUUAGGGUUGCAGACAGUCUUAAUAAUUCGAUGCGUUGUUUUGCGAGGCAACUCUUCCAGCCCAUUUCUCCAGGGAUGGCACAAUUUGAAGUAGAACGAGUCACUCCAAGAUAAAAUCUGCAAGCUCUAUUCUGAACUGAAUGUAUGCAGCUGUAUUCCUUCGUACCCCAUACCGCAGAUCCAUAUAAUAAAACGGGCUGAACAAGCGCUUCAUAAAGUUUUGUGUAUGUUUCGUAUGUCAUCCCUCCUGCUUCAAUACACUGUAUCUGGAGACAGGACAGAGCCCGGCUUGCUGAUUUGGCUGUUUCCCUCACUGUAACACGUAGAUCUAAGUGUCAUGGAACCAUAGUCCCAAAUAUUAUUAUUUACCACUAUUUCUAUGUUAUCACUUCCACAUGAAAAAUUAACAGGAGUAGUUUAAUAACUUUGGUUUUGUCUGUAUUCACUGUAAGUUGCCAUUUUAAACACCACUGGUCAACAACAUUAAACAUAGAUUGAAGACUUUCUUCGUUUGGGGUUAAUAGCAACAGGGAUUUGGUGAUGUUGUCAACUUAUAUGUAACAAACAAUACAUUCUAGGGUUCUGAAGGAAAAUAUAUUAACAAUUACCUUUAUUUGUUUAUCUCGUUUCAUUUCUGAAUGGUUCAUCAUUGAUUCUCCAAAACAUUCUAUUGUUAGAACAUAUGGAUAGAUAAACAAAUGGUCGAAAUGGAA